GGAAAAAAGAACACAUCAAUUUCCUCAACAUAUUCUAAGAAUCUUCUCUUUCUCUUUCUGUUUCUCUCUCUUUUAUUAUAAGCUAUAAAACUGUAUAUCAAGUCUUUUAUUGUUGCUGUCAGUGACUUUUUGUAAUUACUUUCUGAUUUCCAAACCUACAACAGCUGCAACUGCAAGAGUUCCACUUGCUAACAACAACUAGUUUGUUACUGUUGGCAACAUGUGUGUGCAAGAGGAUGAACAAGUUGAUCAAGAUAAUGAUAAUAUGGACAAAAUUCUUGAUAACAGAAGAAUUUCAUGGCCUUUGCAUUGUGAUCUAUUGCAUGCCCAGAUGGAUAAUUCAGAAAAAGACUCUUCUUUUGGAGUUUCCAAUGGCCAGAUCAGUGUUGCAAAUUCAUUUCCUUUGGAAAGCAUUUGUGAAGAUGCGGAGAUUACAGAGAAAAAACAGAACCUGAUAAAUUUUGUUCCAACUCUUCGGUCCGGAGAGUGGUCUGAUAUCGGAGGUCGGCCUUACAUGGAGGAUACUCACAUAUGCAUUGGAGACUUGGCAAAGAAAUUCGGUUACAAUGCUGUCUGCGACGAAGCUGUUUCGUUUUAUGGUGUAUUUGAUGGACAUGGAGGGAAGAGUGCUGCGCAAUUUGUUCGCGAUCAUCUGCCGAGGGUGAUUGUUGAGGAUGCUGACUUCCCUCUUGAACUCGAGAAGGUGGUCACGAGAUCGUUUUUGGAGACUGAUUCGGAGUUUGCAAAAACAUGCUCUGCUGAAUCUUCCCUUUCUUCUGGUACAACUGCAUUGACUGCUAUUAUAUUUGGAAGGUCUUUACUCGUGGCUAAUGCCGGAGACUGCCGCGCUGUUUUGUCCCGAGCCGGAGGGGCUAUAGAAAUGUCCAAAGAUCACAGGCCGUUAUGCAUGAAAGAAAGGAUGAGGAUUGAGUCGCUCGGCGGAUUUGUCGACGAUGGUUACUUGAAUGGACAGUUAGGCGUGACGCGUGCUCUAGGCAACUGGCAUCUUGAAGGAAUGAAGGAAAUGAGUGGAAGGGGUGGACCAUUGAGUGCUGAGCCAGAACUUAAACUGACGACAUUGACGAAAGAUGACGAGUUUUUGAUAAUUGGAAGCGACGGAAUAUGGGAUGUUUUUCGUAGCCAAAAUGCGGUCGAUUUUGCUAGGAGGAGGCUUCAACAGCAUAAUGAUGUUAAACAAUGUUGCAAGGAAAUAAUAGGUGAAGCAAUAAAGAGAGGAGCAACAGAUAAUUUAACUGUUGUGAUGGUGUGUUUUCAAUCAGAUCCACCACCACCUAUGAUUAUUGAAAGGCCUAAUAGAGUUAGGAGAAGUAUAUCUGCUGAAGGACUUCAGAAUCUUAAAUGCCUGCUUGAAGGAUAGAUUAUUCUUCUCAGCAAUACCUUUUUUUUUGUGAGCUGAAAGUAUUAUGUACAUAGAUUCAUCUUGGGUUGAUCAGUGAUCGCUGGUAGGGUAGAGAAAAUAAUGCACUAAGGGGCUAAAUUCAAAUUCAAAUAAAAUUUAUACUUUUGUAUGAUUGUUUUUCCCAUUGUCAAUGGGAAAGAAAGACAUGAGCGUGUAUUUCAUGAAGCACGUAAUAUUUUAGCAAUGUAAUUAUGAUAUAGUUUAUUAAACUUUAUUUAGGAGACAGGAACAUCAAUGUAAAUGGGACUCCACACUGAUGGUUUUCUUUAAAUUAAUUGUCA